AUGACUGUUACUCAGACGAUCACUGCAGAACUCGAUGCAUUUAACGAGUAUGUUAACUUUGCAAAGAAAUAUUCACUGUUCUAUCCAGAACUGUAUAAAACGGUGUCAACAAGCGAUGGCGAUUUAAAUAUUCCAGUCACUGAUCACGCGAAAUACUGGGUUGGAAAUGAAUAUCUCAAUAGUAAAGUAAUGACAGGAACUCACAUCGAUGGUAUUGUUCUUCGGACAGGAGGUAUAUGCAGUAACUUGCUUUUUAGUUCCUAA